UUAACUUGAGACCGUAACACAUUAAUUUUAACGCAAUGUCGUUAUUCUCGUUCCUCUCCAACUUUGCGUUUCUCGUUUUUAUAAAAAUUUACAGUUAUAUUUUAUACAAGCCUGAAAUCCAAAAGUUUUACGAAUCCUGCCAUGUUUUAUUUCUUGGCGAUGUUUCGAACGAUUUUGCUAAAUUCCAUGUUCGCGGGGUGGGUGGAAUGUCGCAGUUUAUAGGAACUUUAUAUAACCGAGCAAAACAGGCAAAGGUUCCAUUGGCCGGUUGUGUAAUUGUGGGUCAGAAGACGCUCAUUUUGCGGGAUCCAGCCAUACUAAAACAGAUUUUGGUUAAGGAUGCCGCCAAUUUUGAUAGGGCUAAUUCCAUGCUUAAUUUCAAAGGGGACUAUCUCGUUUCAAAAACUUUGGUCUUUCUGCAAGACGAUGAGUGGAAAAAUCUUAGGGCAAAGUUAGACUCUGCCUUCACACCGAGUAAGGUAAAGCGAAAUUUUAGCCAUGUGGAUAAACUUGGCAAGAACUUGGUGGAGUAUUUGAACCGGGAAGUGGAAUUAAUGAAAGAUGGACGGGUCAAUUUUAAACUGUCGAGCCAUAAAUAUACUUUGGAUGUGGCGGCCAGUGUAUCGUUAAAUCUAGACACCGGCUGCCUCCACUCCCAAAAACCGUCCGUAUUUGAAAGAAUUUCCAACAGGGUUCAAACCUAUGAUAAUUGGCUUGAUGCCAUUCAAAUCUUCUUCGUCCAAUGGUUUCCCAGGAUAUCGGCAUACUUUCGAUUCUCCAUAAUUGACAGGGAAAUUGCAAAAUUUUAUGAUCACUUGGCUGAAAGUAAGAUUGAAAAUUCCCGCGGGACUCAGCGCGACGCGGAAACUUUCAAAUCGAAGAAUGAUUUUGUCGACCUUGUCUACUCGUCGAGAAAGGAGUUGUACACGGAUGGCGUUGACAACCAAGAUGGUCAAGAUUUUAUUACAGCUAAUCUAUUCGGCAUGGUUCUCCCGGGGUAUGAAACUUCCGAAGUUACCUUAUCCAGUUGCGUUUAUCAUUUAGCGUUAAACUCGGAUAUCCAAAUCAAACUGUGGGACGAGGUGAACCAUGUGAUUCAAGGGAAUGGUGGACAGUUAACUUUCGACGGAGUAAAUCAAAUGGAAUACCUCAACGCGGUGGUGAAUGAGACAUUAAGAAUAUGUCCACCGGUUGGAAUUUUGGUGCGGACGUGUAAAACAAAAUAUCACCUCCCAGGGACAAGGUUAGUUUUGAACCCGGGUGACAUGGUACUUGUCUCCCAGACUGGGCUUCAUCAUGAUGAGGAGUAUUACGAAAAACCGGGAGAGUUUAAUCCAGACCGAUUUUUGGGGGAGAAUAAGGGCACCAUAGAUCCCUUUGCGUUCCUUCCCUUUGGCCAAGGGCCUAGGAUUUGUAUCGGUACCCGUAUGGGCGUUCUCCAAGUGAAAUUAGCUAUUUGCCACAUUCUUCUAAACUUUAAGCUGGAACCCUGCCUGGAUACCAAUGUUCCGAUUAAAUUUAAGAAAACGAUGGCUCCAAUUAUACAACCGGAAAGUGUGAUGUUAUCCUUUGCCCAAAUAUAAUAUAAUAUUUAAUUUAAAGGUGAAAUUGUUCCAGAAAUGAAGUAAAAAUUAAUACAUGCUUUAGUUUAUUCUGAAUCACUUUUCUUUAGGUUUAUGUACUGGUAUGUAUACAAGUUAUAAUUAAUAAAUAAAAAAUGG